CAGCAUGCCACGUCAGGGACCCGCCGCGCAUGACCAUACUUACUCGCUCGCAGACAGCAGCAAUGGAUCAGAAGGCAGGUGAGACUGACGAGGCCUAUGAGGCACGGCUGGCUGCCAUCCUGGCCGAAACCAAGCAACGGGCAGAUGCAGCGGCAGCAGCACGGAAGAAGAAAGAGGCACAGGCAGAGAAACUACGUCUUCUCGCUGAAGAACAACGGCAGAAGCACGAGGCAGCAGCAGCCAGGGCCGCUGAUGAGGAACGCGUACGGCGACGAGAGAUCAUAUUCAGGGAGGAAAGUGCAUUAGACACACAAGCCAAGGAUUGGCAGAAGGAGGCCGAGAAGGACGAUUCCGUUGACGUCGGCAGCAGAGUAUCUCAGCUGCUCAACCAUGUCACGGACCUCCUUGCGACUUGCAUCACACAGCAAGAGGACAUCUACUCCCUCGACCACGCUAACAAGACGUUGCAAAAGUCGUCAGACCAGGUGCUCAAGCGCAUUCAGCAGCUGGAGCAGCAAGUCGCUAACACCAAUGCCAAUGUCGGCCCCUCCGACCUCGUCGACCGCGUCAACGUCUUGGAGAUCGACGUGGGGACACUCAAGGUCGGGGCGCAACAGCACGUCUGUGUCGCAGCCAGCUCCAGCACGGCGCCACGCGAGACCAUUGUCAAGUUUGACGGGCUCCCGAUCUUCUGUGACGCAUCGAAGACGGACCCCAUACAAUGGUGGCGCCAGUUCGAACUCAAGCUGGACCUCCACCACAUCGCCAACGAGAAUCGGCAUGCAUAUUUGUACUCCCGCUCGGGAGGCGCAUGUCAGGCAUGGUUGGACAACAUGCUGUCCGCCCAUGCAUGUACAGUCACCGAGUUGCACAAGUACAUCACCUGGGCGGAUCUCACGGCGGCAUGGAAGAAGCGCUUCCAAGUAGAACCGCCCGAGCACAAGGCGAUGGACAAGCUGCUGACAUUUUUGCAGAACAGCAUGCCAAGCGGAGACAGGAUUUCCGAGUUCCAACGCCUCGCAAGCACACCCAAGCUGCCGCUGAACUUCGACGGCAUCAAGCUCUAUUUCAUCAAGAGGUCGUGCCCGUCGUUGCAAAAUGCGUUGACUCAUGUCGCCGACACCCUCACUACAAGCGAGGAACUCUUCAACAAGGCCGUGCAGAUCAUUAUCUUGAUUCGGCCGCAAGAUCGCUACAAGACCGCGUUCAAGACACGGUACGAGCACUUCGAGUGGGUUGUUAUUCCUUUUGGACUCACCAACGCCCCGAUGACUUUUCAAGCGGCGAUGACCAACAAGUUCCGAGUCAUGUUGGACCGGUUCGUGCUGGUUUACUUGGACGACAUCCUCAUCUAUAGUCGGACCUUGGACGAACAUCUUGACCAUCUUCGACGAGUGUUGGAGACACUCUGGCGCGCCAAGUUCAAAGCCAACGACGACAAGUGCGAGUUGGUGCGUGAAGAGUUGGAAUACUUGGGCCACUUAGUCACUCCACAAGGCAUCAGUCCGUUGUCGGACAAGAUUCAAGUCGUCCAAGAUUGGCCGGAGCCACGGAACGUCACGGAUGUUCGAUCAUUCCUUGGCCUCGACAGCUACUACCAGCGCUUCAUCAAAGGCUACUCGAAGAUCGCGGCUCACUUAACCAAGCUUCAAUGCGAGGACCGACCGUUUGACUUCGGGACGGACGCGCGGGAAUCAUUCUUGGCCCUGAAGGCCACAUUGCUUUCCGCGGAGGUAUUGUGGAUAUACGACCCGCUAUUGCCAACGCGCGUCACCACGGACGCAUCCGGCUAUGGCAUUGGUACCGUCCUCGAGCAACAUGACAGCAUGGAUUGGCACCCGGUCGAAUAUUUCAGCAAGAAAGUGUCGGUCGUGCACUCCACUGACGAUGCACGCAAGAAGGAACUUCUCGCCUUCGUCCACGCACUCAAGAGAUGGCGGCACUUCCUCCUCGGUCGACUCCAGUUCCGAUGGGUAAUGGACAACAAUCCAUUGGUGUUCUACAAAUCGCAAGACACAGUCAACAGCACCAUUGCACGUUGGAUGACCUUCAUCAACCAAUUCGACUUCUUUCCCGACCACAUUCCGGGGAAGUUGAACCGCUUUGCGGAUGCCCUUUCGCGGCAUCCGGACCACUGCACCGCAAUGUACUCGACCUUCAAGAUCGAGGACGACUUGCGGAACAACUUCAUCCGCGGCUAUCAAGCCGACCCCGAGAUUCGCGACAAUUUCGCAAACUGUUCCUCUCCCAAUCCGGCACCUUUGCACUAUCGGAUACAAGAGGGAUACUUGCUUCUUCACUCGCGGGGGAAGGCUCUUCUUUGUGUGCCGCAAGAUUCACAUUUCUGCACCCGGCUUCUUGGCGAGUUCCACGACGCCCCCGCCACUGGACACUUUGGAGUCAAUCGCACGAUUGGACGACUACGCGAGCGCUUUUGGUGGCCCGGUGUCCUAAACGACGUCACGCGCUAUUGCGAGUCAUGUGAAGUUUGCCGACGUUGCAAACCUUGCAAUCAUCGUCCUUAUGGCGAACUGCGACCAUUGUCGGUCCCCUUGCGCCGAAGGGAAGCGAUUGCCAUGCAUAUCAUCGGGUCGUUCCCCAAUCACAAGACGAGCAUCGAUGGGAUUCUCACGGUGGUUGACCGCCUCACCAAGUUUGGCAAUUUCUUGCCUUGCCGCUAUCACGCCAAGGCACCGGAGUUGGCCGAGGUUCUCUACGCCGGUUGGAUUCGAACCAAGGGUUACCCCAAGGAGAUCGUAUGCGACCACGACACUCGGUUCAUGUCCGAUUUUUUGUUGGCGCUCAUCAAACGAUGGGGCUCAUCCCUCAAGCCAAGUUCGGCUCGCCACCCCCAAACCGAUGGCCAAACGGAGAGGGCACAUCAGACCGCACAGGUCCUCCUUCGAACUCUCAUCCGUCCCGACCAGAAAGAUUAGGUUGAGCGGCUGUUGGAUGUCGAGUUGGCGUACAACUCGUGCAUCCAUCCGGCUAUCGGGAUAUCGCCCUUUGAGUUCG